AUGUCUGAAUUGUCAGAUAAUCAGACAGAUGUGGGAAAUCAAGUGGCAAAACCCUCUCAGACGGUCUCUUUUGGGGACUUAGAUGGCCAAGAAAGAGCAAGGCGCUUUACUAUUUCAGCACAUCCUUCAACUCAGAAUAUACCAACACAGCCUCUGGAUGCUAUGGGGCAAUCAAGGAAGUCAUCAUCUACAGGAAAAACAAUUUCUGACUUUCUACAUUCGUCGUUGGCAAAUGGAGUUGGGUCUACGAAUGAGCACCAGGCAACGGAUUCCGAAAAAAGUCCAGUAGUAAGAAGUUCAGUGGAAAACGUCAACUUUCAAGAAAAAAUAACUUCGGGUGAGACUUCUCCUAGAAGAACAGUUCAUACGUCGUCGCCCUCACCUUCCGAUUCUCAGCCUACGCAGCCUAUAAAUAUCUCGUCAAGUGGUCCGUCUAGAAGAGGAUCUAUGAAAAGAUCUAACAAAACUGUUGUGGCAUCACCAAGUGGCCCGCCUGUUCCAUUUCAGGAAUAUCUUUCUAGGGAAGAUGAUGGUAAAUUUCACAUCCUCUUGGCUUGUACAGGCUCUGUAGCCACCAUCAAAGUCCCUCAAAUAAUCGACAAACUCUUUCAAUUAUUCGGGACUUCUAAAAUAUCUAUUCAGUUGGUCGUGACGAGAGCAUCUGGACAUUUUCUCAAAGGAUUGAAAUUACACAAUGAAGUGAAGAUCUGGAGAGAUGAAGAUGAAUGGGCUAACUAUAAUCACGUUAUGAAGAACUCAUUAGCUUGCUCUAAUGUAAAUCAGAAUAAUCUUUCUGUUAAUAAGAAGCCCAAAAAUCCUUACGAAAAAAUGAUCUUGCAUAACGAGCUCCGAAAGUGGGCUGAUAUAAUGCUAAUCGCUCCACUCUCUGCAAAUACCCUAGCAAAGAUAUCCAAUGGAUUGGCAGAUAACUUGCUUACCUCGAUAGUGAGGUCUUGGGGUCAGGCGCCCACUCUGACUGUGAAGAAGCCUAUACUCGUCGCUCCUGCAAUGAAUACAUUAAUGUACACGCAUCCAAUCACUGCAAAGCAGCUUGCAAUAAUAUCCUCUCAAGAAGAAGGAUUUGGCAUUGAAAUUCUUAAACCUGUGGAAAAGGUCCUUGUUUGUGGGGAUAUUGGUAUGGGUGGCAUGAGAGAAUGGUCAGAUAUAGUUGAUAUACUAAGAAGGAAGGUAAACUUUUUAAAAAUAGAAAGGGCUCGUGGAGAAGAUGGUAAUGUGGAUAAGAAUACAAUUAUGAAAGAAGUUGAAGAGGAGGAGGAAGAGGAAGAAAAACAAGAAGAGGAAUAUGAAGAUGAAGAAGAAGAAGAAGGAGGGGAAGAAGAAGAUGAUGACGAUGAGGAUGACUACGAUGAUGAAGACGAAGAAGACGAAGAAGACGACGAAGAAGAAGAUGACGAUAACGAUGAACAAGGAGAAGGAAAGGAGACUGAGGGAAGGGAAAAAAAUAAAUUUCAAAGUGAAGAAUCGAAGUCUCUAAAUGGGAUAGUUGAUUAUGGAAGAGGAAGAAGUAUUGAAGGUGAAGAUAGUGAACUUGGUUCUGCCAGAGGAAAUCAUAGGACCAAAGAUAGCGAUGAAAUGAUAUUUGAAAUCACUGAUGGUAUGAAUGAAAGGAAUGGAGAUUAA